AUGUUGUCUCUCAAGGUUGUAUUCAUCGCCGCUUUGGCUGAAGCCUUGGUCCUACCUAAAAGUCUUUCCUCCAUCUCAUUGGAAGGUUGUCUAAAGGGAUUGCCUCAUGGCCAAUCAAUUGGUAGUGUCGCAAAUGUGACAAUUACGAGUGGUGGGCUAUUACGAUACUACCUCAUCUCGAUUCCACCAACGUACCAUGAUGAGAUCCCAACUCCCGCUAUUCUGUCUUACCACGGAGGCUUGAGAACCGCAGAAAGCCAACUGCAGUUAGACGAGCUGACUAACCCGGAGUUCAACACGAAUUCCUUCGUUAUUUACCCUCAAGGCAUCAACGACGUUUGGCAAGGUGUUCCGAACGUCACCAUUAACGACGUUCAAUUCACUGCAGAUAUCCUCGACCAUGUUCAAAAGCAGUAUUGCAUUGAUCCCACUCGUAUUUUUGCCACUGGAAAGUCAGAUGGCGCCGGAUUUUGCAACGUCUUGGCCUGCGAUAAGACAAUGUCCAGCCGUAUUGCAGCAUUUGCCCCCGUAUCUGGUGCUUUUUAUAUCGAUACAUUACCUUGCGCACCCGACGAAGUGCAGAUCCCUUGUAGCCCUAGUCGCCAUGACAUCCCAUUCCUUGAAUUUCACGGUGGCAAUGACUCUACGAUUAAUUAUCACGGUGGUGAGCGCAAGCAGGAAUGUCUUCCAUCAAUUCCGCAUUUCAUUCAGCAAUGGGCCGUACGGGAUGGGCUUAGCCUCCACAAUGUUACCACACCAAUCUCAUCCAACACUGUUUCCUACAAAUACGGGUCAGGGGUUAACUUUGGCUUGGUUGAGCACGUCUACGACGCUGUAAUUGGACAUGAUUGGCCAAGCACGGCUCCAAAUUCUGAUAAUCAGGCGGCUGGUCAUCACAUUGCCAGCUUCAACGCUACACCAAUCAUUCUGGAAUUUUUUAAACAGCAUCCUUUGAGUCUUUGGGAUAUCCUUGCCGAAAUUUAA